CCCAUUUUGUAUCACAAAGUGUAAUGGAUUUAUACUAUAGUACAUAUUAGGGCGGUAAUGCAACAUAUUGGAUGCCAACCGCCGUUAAACUCCACCGAAGAAGAAUGCGUAUUUUACCAAGGUGAGAAACAUGUGGGCUGCCAGUGUUAGAACAUAUCACGUUUUUUAGAUGGUUUCUUCUACUCCUGUCCUACAUUCGAAUAGGUCCACUGGCGCGAGUCGACUGAAUGUUUACAAUGAACGGGAAUGCGCACGUUUCAUGCGUAAGAUCCGGGCUCGAGGAAGGAUGAAUGUAAUUCAAAGAUGGCGGCGGAGGGAGGAGGGAAGGAGAUGAACGAAAUUAAAACUCAGUUCACUACUCGGGAAGGCGUCUAUAAACUCCUCACUCACUCCGAAUAUAGCCGCCCCAACAGGGUGCCUUUCAAUUCCCAGGGUUCGAACCCCGUCAAAGUUUCCUUCGCCAACGUCAAUGACCAGUCUGGUAACGGCGACAGAAUCUGUUUCAAUGUGGGCCGGGAGCUGUACUUCUACAUCUACAAAGGCGUUCGAAAGGCGGCUGACCUGAGCAAACCUAUCGACAAGAGGAUCUACAAAGGAACACAGCCCACAUGUCAUGACUUCAACCACCUCACGGCCACGGCGGAGAGCGUCUCCCUGCUGGUGGGUUUCUCGGCAGGCCAGGUGCAGCUCAUCGACCCAAUCAAGAAGGAGACCAGCAAGCUCUUCAAUGAGGAAAGACUAAUAGACAAAUCCAGAGUGACUUGUGUAAAAUGGGUGCCAGGCUCAGAGAGUCUGUUCCUAGUCGCUCAUUCCAGUGGAAACAUGUACUUGUACAACUUGGAGCACACGUGUGGCACCACGGUUCCUCACUACCAGUUGCUCAAACAGGGCGAGAACUACUCAGUGCACACGUGUAAGAGCAAGUCCACGCGCAACCCCUUGCUCAAAUGGACGGUGGGCGAGGGAGCGCUUAACGAGUUUUCCUUCUCACCCGACGGGAAGUUCCUGGCGUGCGUGAGCCAGGACGGCUUCCUUCGGGUCUUCAACUUUGAUGCGGUGGAGCUGCACGGGACCAUGAAAAGCUACUUUGGGGGUCUGCUGUGCGUGUGCUGGAGUCCAGACGGAAAGUACAUUGUUGCGGGGGGCGAGGAUGAUCUGGUGACCGUGUGGUCGUUUGUGGACUGCCGGGUUAUUGCACGCGGUCACGGACACAAGUCGUGGGUGAGCGUGGUGGCGUUUGACCACUACACAACCAGCGUGGAGGAUGCAGACCCUAUGGAGUUCAGCGGCAGCGACGAGGACUUCCAGGACCAGAUCCACUUUGGUCGCGACCGGGCCAACAGCUCGCAGUCCCAACUCUCUAAGCGCAACUCCACAGACAGUCGGCCGGUACAGGUCACAUACAGGUUUGGCUCAGUGGGCCAGGACACUCAACUCUGCUUGUGGGACCUCACAGAAGAUAUCCUUUUCCCCCACCUCCCGCUUUCCCGGACAAGAACGCACACCAAUGUGAUGAAUGCUACCAGCCCCCCAGUGGGAGGGGACGUGUCUGUGGGAGGUGGGGUAGGUGGUGGCAUAGUGAAUAAUGUGAGUAAUAACCCUAGCACCAACGGCACCAACACCCCUGAUAACCCCCUCCCUACUCCCCUGCCACGCUCCAACAGCUUACCACAUUCUGCAGCUACGACCGCCAACAGCAAGAGCAGCGUCAUGGACAACGCCAUCGCCACAGGCGCAAGCAAAUUCGCCACGCUCUCCGUUCACGAUCGCAAAGAGCGGCACCACGAGAAGGACCACAAACGGAACCACAGCAUGGGCCACAUUAGCAGCAAGAGCAGUGACAAGCUCAACAUACUCACCAAAACCAAAACAGACCCUGCAAAGACACUGGGGACGCUGCUCUGUCCCCGCAUGGAAGACAUACCCUUACUAGAGCCCCUUAUCUGCAAAAAAAUAGCACAUGAGAGACUGACUGUCUUAAUAUUUCUUGAAGACUGUAUAGUGACAGCUUGUCAGGAGGGAUUUAUUUGCACAUGGGCAAGGCCUGGCAAAGUGGGUUUAUUGUCAUCCCAAAACCAAGCCAGCUCUCCCAGUGGAACUGUAGUAUAGCCCACACUAUUUCUGCUGCUAAGAAACCUGCAUCACAGAGAUGUAUUGUCACCAGAGCCUGGUGCUGCUUUUCACCCCGCAAAGCACUGCAAGUUUUUUAUUUAUUUUAUUUUUUCCUUUUGGUUAUCAUACACAUGGCCUAGAUGGUGGAAGUAUUCAAAUACAGAAAUGGAAAGGGUGUGGUGCAAUUUUGGACAGUGGCACUAAUGUCCUUUCUGGAAUUUCUUUUAAUGUUUUUAAUUAUUUGUCUUCUCUCGCUCUCAUAUACGCUAGACUGUUUUUCUGGACUUGGAGCUUGGCAUAGUUGGAUGAAACCAUUCAUAUUAUGCUUGUUUAAAAGGAUAGUUCACCCAACAACUUUUAUCAUUCCUAUUUCUUACCUUGCAAGUGGUCCAUGGGCCAGGAGUCGCUGUCACAGGCUGAAGACAAUAUGAAUGACACAAAAACAGUGGUGUUCCAUAGUGCCCACCAUCCAUUGUCUACAAAUUGCACACCAAAAUCAUGUCCUUCAGCUACAUUAGCCUUUAUGAUUUGGAAUAUGUGCGGUGUCAAAGGGUACUACAGUUGCUAAAGACAAUGUUCUUGACCUACCUACGCACUAUUACAUAUUUUGGUGUGGCUAGUCUUCCGUUCAGAAGGCGGUCUCGGUCAUCGUAGGUGUGGUUUUUGCAGUCAGUCCAGGCUCAGACUGCAUUCAAGGUAAGAAAAAGAUGAACGGAAAUGAAAUUAGGGUGAACUAUCCCUUUAAGACCAAGAAUGUGGGCAUCUAAGGAUUUGCUUUCAUCCAAAUUCAUCACAAGUCUUUUUAUUAUACUGAACAAAAAUAUAAACGCAACAUGUAAAGUGUUGGUCCCAUGUUUCAUGAGCUGAAAUAAAAGA